AUGGAGAAAAACAGUAAUGAGAAUGUUAUAAUGGAUUUUCGUAUUCCGAGUACCAAUGUAGAAGAUUUAGGAGUUGAUGAGUUCCAAUACCAAGAGGAGAAUAUUAAUACGAUGUCUGUCGGCAUUAUGGAGGAGAACUUGAGGGCAGAAAAGAGGACGAGACCAGAAGAUGAAGGUGAAUGGACUGUAGUAGGUAAAGAAAAAAAAGCAAAGCCGGUGUACAAUAAAAUAGAAAUUUAUAUUACAAGUACGGAAAUAUUACCUAAGCAGUUUGCUAUGGCAAAGUUACUUAAAAAUAACGACAUUAUGGAUAUUGACAGACUCAAAUAUAUUAACCCCUACAAAAUUCGAUUGGAUAUGAAUAAUGAAAUGUGUGCGGAUAAAUUGGAGAAUUGUGAGGAGUUUCUUAGAAAAGGAUGGAGAAUUUACAGAGCGAUGGAGAAAGAUAUUUCUUAUGGUUUAAUAAGAGACGUAGACCUAGAACUGUCGAAUGAUGAAAUUCUUUCGCGGAUCACAUGCCCUAAUCGGGUGGAAAUAAUUUCUGUGUCCCGGUUGAAACGUCGUUGUACUACUGAUGGAAGUGGUUGGACGCCUAGUGGAUGUGUUCGCAUUAGUUUUAGAGGGGCUUACUUGCCGUCUUAUGUAUCAGUAGAUGGCCUAAAAAUUAAUGUAGACAGACGAGCCUUGACUAUGUAUGUUCCACCUGAGUCACCUUGUAUACAGAUUGAUACACCGUUUUCUAAUUCUUUAGAGAAUAUUACAUCUAAAAAUCUCUCAAAUCAUGAAACAAGGGCAUCUACAAAGGAAGUAUCAUAUGCUGAAAUUAUGAAGCCUAAAGUUGGUAGACUCACACAAGACAAUGUAGAUAGAUCUCAGGGAACGUCGGCUAGCGUACUUAAACCCCCAAAGGAGAAACAUAAGAGACGGAAGCAAGACAGAGAGGACAUUUCAAUUGCGGAAGAAGACACGGUAGACUCAGAUGACGAAAAAGUGUCCGAGAAAGAAGAAAAAAUAAUGGCAUUUAGUGAUCUCGUAAACAAACUAAAAGAUAUCGUAUUUUUAAGAGGCGACUUCAAUGGCCAUCACACCAAUUGGUCUAAUAAGACUGACACAAGGGGAUUACAAAUAUUAGACGCUCUCGAAGAGCAUUCAUUAGCUUCGUUAAACGAUGGUAGUCCUACUCGUAUAAGUUUAGUCAAUGGUCAUCUUAGGCAAACAAGUCCAGAUAUUUCUUUAGUUUCCACUGAUAUCUUUUUACAUUUUAAUUGGGCUACAUUAAAUGAAUCGUUGGGAAGCGAUCAUUUAAUGAUAAAAAUUUCAACAGAGUUUUAUGGUUCUCCUAUUAUAUCUCGUCGUAAUUAUAAAAGAGCUGAUUGGCCUAAAUAUAAAAAUAUGUUAGAGGUACUGUUUAAAGACUUCUUUUACUGUGAGGAUAUACAGGCGUGUUAUGAUAAUUUUGUAAAUUACUUAAAUAAAGCUGCUGAUAUUCACAUUCCGUAUACUAAAAUCAAUCCUAAUCCGUCAAGCAAAUUUUCUCCCAAGCCAUAUUGGAACCCUAGCCUUUCUAAAUGUGUUGCAGAGCGUCGGUUAGCUUUGACCAAAUUUAGACGCAAUCCAGUGCCGUAUAAUUUGGAUAUUCUGUACAACAAAAUACGGGAAUCUCAAAGAGAGAUACGUAAGGCCGAUUCUAAAUCAUGGCAAGAAUUUUGCACAUCUAUGGAUGAUGCUUCCGAUGAAAGUGAAGUUUGGCACAAAAUGAAGUGGUUCAAAGGACGUGCAAUAUCAAAAAAUCAUGUUAAUAAGGAACAUUGUAUUAAGCUUUUGGAGAGACUUACACCUGAUUAUGCAUCUUGUGCCGAACCUACAUUUUCAUCCAAGAACAUAAUUUUGGAAAAUGAAAUAACUUUGCAUGAAUUACAUAAUUCCUUGAAAAAUAAAGACAGUUGCCCUGGAAGUAGA